AUGCAGACAUGCGCCAAGGCCUGCGGGCUGCGUCUGGGUUGCGGAGUCGGGGGCGGCCGCCGCCUGGCUGGAGAAGCGGGUCCCCGGUGGACGCCGCGGGGCCGUGACAGAAGUAGCAGCGGCGGGGAUAGCGGCGGGGCCGGGGCCUCGCGCCUCCUUGACCGCCUCCUCCCCAGACACGACUUCGCUCGGAGACAUAUCGGCCCCGGGGACAAAGACCAGAAGGAGAUGCUACAGACCCUGGGGCUGGCGAGCGUUGAUGAACUGAUCGAGAAGACCAUCCCUGCCAGCAUCCGCCUGAAAAGACCCUUGAAAAUGGAUGACCCUGUCUGUGAAAAUGAAAUCCUUGCAACUCUGCAUGCCAUUUCCAACAAGAAUCAGAUCUGGAGAUCGUAUAUUGGCAUGGGCUAUUAUAACUGCUCAGUACCACAGACAAUUUUGCGGAACUUACUGGAGAACUCAGGAUGGAUCACCCAGUAUACUCAGUACCAGCCAGAGGUGUCUCAGGGGAGACUGGAGAGUUUACUCAACUACCAGACCACGGUGUGUGACAUCACAGGCUUGGACAUGGCUAAUGCAUCCCUGCUGGAUGAGGCCACCGCGGCUGCAGAGGCAAUGCAGCUCUGCCACAGGCAGAACAAGAGGAGGAAGUUUUUUGUUGACCCCCAUUGCCACCCACAAGCAAUUGCUGUCGUCCAAACUCGAGCCAAGUAUUCUGGAGAGCUCAUUGAGCUGAAGUUACCCCAUGAAAUGGACUUCAGCUGCAAAGAUGUCAGUGGAGUGCUGUUCCAGUACCCAGACACUGAUGGGAAGGUGGAGGACUUCACGGAGCUAGUAGAGAGAGCCCAGGAGGCUGGGAGCUUGGCCUGAUGUGCUACUGACCUUUUAGCUCUGUGCAUCCUGAGGCCUCCUGGAGAAUUUGGGGUAGACAUCGCCCUGGGCAGCUCACAGAGAUUUGGGGUGCCUCUGGGCUAUGGUGGACCACAUGCAGCCUUUUUUGUUGUCAGAGAAAACUUGGUGAGGAUGAUGCCUGGAAGAAUGGUGGGGGUAACGAGAGAUGUCAGUGGAAAAGAAGUGUAUCGUCUGUCUCUUCAAACCAGGGAGCAACACAUCCAGAGAGACAAGGCUACCAGCAACAUCUGUACAGCUCAGGCUCUCCUGGCGAAUAUGGCUGUGAUGUUUGCAAUCUACCAUGGGUCCCGUGGGCUGGAACAUAUUGCUAGGAGGGUGCAUAAUGCCACUUUGAUUUUGUCUGAAGGUCUCAAGCGAGCAGGGCACCAACUGCAGCACUUGUUUUUUGACACUUUGAAGAUUCAUUGUGGCUGCUCAGUGAAGGAGGUCUUGGGCCAGGCCGCUCAGCGACAAAUAAAUACGCGGCUCUUUGAGGAUGGAACACUUGGUAUUUCUCUUGAUGUAACAGUCAGUGAAAAAGAUCUGGAUGACUUGUUUUGGAUCUUUGGCUGUGAGUCGUCUGCAGAGCUGGUUGCUGAAAGCAUGGGUGAGGAGUGGAGAGGUAUUCUAGGGACUGCCUUCAAGAGGACUAGCCCGUUCCUCACACAUCAAGUGUUCAACAGCUAUCAUUCAAAAACAAAUAUUGUCUGAUACAUGAAGAGACUGGAAAACAAAGACAUUUCCCUCGUUCAUAGCAUGAUUCCACUGGGGUCCUGUACGAUGAAGCUCAACAGUUCAUCUGAACUCAUGCCUAUCACAUGGAAAGAAUUUGCAAACAUCCACCCCUUUGUGCCUCUGGACCAAGCUCAAGGGUACCAGCAACUUUUCCGAGAACUCGAGAAGGAUUUGUGUGAACUCACUGGCUAUGAUCGAAUCUCUUUCCAGCCUAACAACAGAGCCCAGGGGGAAUAAGCCGGACUGGCCUCUAUCCGAGCCUACUUAGAUGCGAAAGGAGAGACACACAGAUCGGUUUGCCUCAUCCCAAAAUAUGCACAUGGGACCAAUCCUGCAAGUGCCCACAUGGCGGGCAUGAAGAUUCAGCCUGUGGAGGUGGAUAAAUAUGGGAACAUCGAUGCAGCUCACCUCAAGGCUAUGGUGGAUAAACACAAGGAGAACUUGGCAGCCAUCAUGAUUACAUACCCAUCCACCAAUGGAGUGUUUGAAGAAACCAUUGGAGACGUGUGUGACCUGAUCCACCAAUACGGAGGACAGGUCUACGUGGAUGGAGCAAACAUGAAUGCUCAGGUGGGACUCUGUCGUCCAGGAGACUUUGGGUCUGAUGUCUCACAUCUUAAUCUUCACAAGACCUUCUGCAUUCCCCAUGGAGGUGGCGGCCCUGGCAUGGGGCCCAUUGGAGUGAAGAAGCAUCUUGUUCCUUUUCUGCCUAAUCAUCCCAUCAUUUCGGUAAAACCAAGUGAAGAUGCCCAGGCUUUGGGCACCGUCAGCACAGCCCCAUGGGGCUCCAGUUGCAUCUUGCCCAUUUCAUGGGCUUAUAUUAAGAUGAUGGGAGGCAAGGGCCUUAAACAGGCCACAGAAAUUGCUAUUUUGAAUGCAAACUACAUGGCCAAGUGAUUAGAAAAGCACUACAGAGUCCUUUUCCGGGGUGCAAGAGGAUAUGUGGCUCAUGAAUGUAUUUUGGAUACAAGACCCUUCAAAAAGUCUGCAAAUAUUGAGGCCGUGGAUGUGGCCAAGAGGCUUCAAGAUUAUGGAUAUCAUGCCCCCACCAUGUCCUGGCCGGUGGCAGGCACUCUCAUGAUUGAGCCCACCGAGCCCGAAGACAAGGUGGAGCUGGACAGAUUCUGCGAUGCCAUGAUCAGCAUCUGACAGGAAAUUGCCGACAGUGAGGAGGGCCACAUCGACCCCAGGGUCAACCCACUGAAGAUGUCUCCACACUCCUUGACCUGUGUCACAUCCUCCCACUGGGAUCGGCCGUAUUCCAGAGAGGUGGCAGCAUUCCCACUUCCCUUUGUGAAACCAGAGAACAAAUUCUGGCCAACCAUCUCCCGGAUUGAUGACAUCUAUGGAAACCAGCACCUGGUCUGUACCUGUCCCCCCAUGGGUGUUUACGAGUCCCCGUUUUCUGAGCAGAAGAGGGCCUCUUCUUAGUGUUCUGUCCCGCAGUUCAAGUGACUGAC